AUGGAGGAUCAAGUUUUUUUAGGUUAUGAACCAUUUGUUAAUGUUGGAAGAGAUGAUGAAGAAGAAGAUGAGUUUUGCAGUUGUUGUGAAGAUGAAGAAGAAAGAGAACAACAACAACAAGAUGAUGAAGAAUGGAAAGAAACGGAGGAAACGGUGGUGGAAGGGUUGAAGGAAGAGCUUGAUGAAUUUUCAGUAAGAAUGUACUUUAAGGGUUUGUCAAUAACUGGGGUUGAAAAUUCAACUACAGGGUUUUCUGGAAUUGGGGUGUUUAUGGAAAGAUCAUUGAAUUUUUCUCCUAUAAGGGUGCAGAAAAGGCUUGAUUUUUAUGCUGAGGAGCCUAUGGUUGAUUACUUGGCACUCAUGGAUGGUUUGUUGGAAGCUUUGCAGAACAAGAUCCGUAGGGUUUAUGCGUUCACAGAUUCUGAAUUGUUGUAUAAGACGACAUUUGAGAAAAAUUUGGACAUGCCGCUUUUGAUGGCACUGAAAGAAAGGAUUCUGGAACAUGCAAAUAAUUUUGAAACUUUUGAUCUGAAGCUUAUACCAAGCACUGAUCUUGAGCAGCCACUGCAGUUAGCCAAAGUAGCUAUGGGACUUGUCACUUUUCCGGUAAACGAAAAAACAUCACUUGAGAAUUGUUCUAUUUGUUGCGAUGACAAGCCAGUGCCAAUGAUGAUUACCUUGAAAUGUUCACACACUUUCUGUUCACAUUGCUUGAGGUCCUAUGCUGACGGUAAACUGCAAUGUUGUCAAGUCCCUAUAAGAUGUCCUCAACCAGGAUGCAGAUAUUGUAUCUCAGCACCCGAGUGCAAGAUUUUUCUUCCAUUCACCUCCUUUGAAUCUCUCGAGAAAGCCCUUUCAGAAGCAAAUAUUGGUCAGUCAGAAAGAUUUUAUUGUCCGUUUCCGAAUUGCUCAGUUCUCCUUGAUCCUUGCGAGUGUUUGUCGGCAAUGGAUGGUUCAUCUAGUCAGUCAGACAAUUCUUGUAUUGAGUGUCCUGUUUGUCAGAGGUUUAUCUGUGUGGAUUGCGGCGUUCCUUGGCAUUCUUCCAUGAGCUGUGAAGAAUACCAGCAUUUGCCAGAGGAGGAGAGAGAUGCUUCUGACAUUAGCUUGCAUCGUCUUGCCCAGAAUAAAAGGUGGAAGCGUUGUCAACAGUGUCGUAGAAUGAUUGAGCUUACUCAAGGUUGUUACCACAUGACAUGCUGGUGUGGUCACGAAUUCUGCUAUUCUUGUGGCGCAGAAUACAGGAAUGGCCAACAAACAUGUCAAUGUGCAUUUUGGGAUGAAGACAGCUUGACAAACUCCCUUCAAGAAUCAGAACAAUGGGCAUGGGAGACUUCUAUGAUCAUGGAUGCAUACUCAGAUCAAGAACGGUCACAACUCGCGCUUAUACAACGGUUCCUCGACGGCGGUUUUAGUCUCAGUGACCAUAAUCCCUACCAAUCUCCUCCUCCUCCUCCUCAAUGUACAGAAUCCUUUGUAGACCCCUUGAAGGAUCUUCAUCAACUUCCAUGGCUAGAGAGAUUUGUUUCUGUGAUAAGUGACAACUACUAUGAAGAUUACAUGCAAUAA